AUGAUGUGUGAGAGCGAUAACGAAAGUGAGAACAAUUCGCCGGCUCACAUAUCUGUUUUUGAGCAACGCGCAUACAUUAAAACCGAAACGAUUAUUGGUAAAACAGUGCCUGAAAUUCAUGCCGCGUUAAAUGAAGUGUGUGGAACGGAUACUGUGGAUCGUAGUACGGUGCAAAGAUGGCAUCAGCGAUUCCGUGAUGGUCGUAUAAGUAUUGAUAACAACCCUCGCUCUGGCCGACCCUCUACGGUUACUCAAGACAACACUAACGNAGAGAAUGAAACAGGUAUUUCAAAAUCAAGUGUUCCGUACCAGAAAUCCGUAAAAAGCGACCAGGAAUGUUACAAAAUGGUGUGUCCAUAUUGCACGAUAAUGCGCGGCCGCAUAUCGGAGCACCAGUCGUCGCUCUUUUGGAGAAAUAUGGAUGGGAACGCCUCAAACACCCACCGUAUUCGCCGGAUUUAAGUCCCCCGGACUUUGAUUUAUUUCCAAAACUGAAGGAACCACUUAGAGGGAUCCGUUUUCCCAACUUAGAUAUACUAAAUGAAGAAGUGAGCCGAAGGAUCCGUGAACUCAACAAAGAUGGAAAUCGUGUAUAG